GGUCGGCGGAAGCAGAAACCCAACAUGAACUAUGACAAGCUGUCCAGAGCUCUGCGCUACUACUACGAUAAGAACAUCAUGGGCAAGUCCAGUAACGCUGUGGCACAGAAGCGACGGACGGUAGUACGUGCGCGAGCCGGUUGACAUGGCGCGAACGGUCGACAUGGGACGUAUCCUGACCUUCCUCUCUUUCUUUAUCCUUGUGAUGCUGCAUGAAAGUACACCUGCUCUAGGAGAAUGCUCGCUAUCCACACAGCUGGACACGCUGCUGGCUGAGUAUGAUAGAGAAGUGAUGCCGGCCACGCCUCUCCGCAUCGAAGCCACGCUGGAUGUCCGACACGCAAACGUUUACGAGAAAUCUUCUACAGUACACCUUUUGGCGGAUCUGCAUAUGAGGUGGAACGACUCUCGGAUAAGUUGGAACGCCACGGAGUGGGGAUGUGAAGGCGGCAUGACCGCCUCCGAGCGACUCUGGUUGCCUGACGUGGUGAUAGUUAGCGUGGCGAGCAUUGCCGGCGGGGACCAGGGGUUCAGGGCGCACGUGAGCAGUGACGGCGAGGUCUCCUGGGUGCAGAAACUUGACGUGUCCAUCCCCGUGUCACUGGAGCUUCAGGCCUGGCCUGAGGAUACUCAGGAGGCACACCUGAAGGUGGCAUCACGCUCGCAUGCCAAUAUUGAUGAAAUAGAUCUAGAUCUUAUUGAGUUAAAGGAGAACACGGUGUCGGAGUCCGGUACUUGGGAGCUGGUGUCAGUGCUGGGUACGGCGGAAGCGGAAGCGGACGCGGGGGCAGGCGGAGUGUCGCGGCGCGUACUCUCGUGGACUGUGACGUUGCGGCGCCGCGCGGCCGCACACUCGCUCGCCGCAGGUGCGGUGCUCGCCGCCGCAACCGCACUGUUGAUCGCCGCAGCGCUAUUGCCGCCCGCCGACCGCACGCCGCUCUGUGCGGUGUCCGCUCUCCUGCCGACUAUCUGGUUGAUAUCGGUGGCAUCGCGCGUGGCGGGCGCUAGUGACUCGCCCACGUUGCUGUCGCUAGUGAGUGCGGCGAGCGUGUGUGCCGCACUGGCGGCAGCCUCUGGCGCGUUUGUCGUGCGGCUGGCGCUGUGUAGUGCACCACCGCCUCAAGCGCUGCGGUCGCUAGUCACGGCUGCCUCCGCCAUCAUCUCGCUCACACCGACUGCAAAGGGCGGAGCUGUGGACGUGGAGUGUAGCGCCUGGGCUGCAGCAGCUCAGCUCCUGGACCGAGUGCUCUGUACACUGUUCGCACUCAUUCUGCUCAUCAUCUUCCUGACAUAUAUAAUGUGAAAUACACUACCUAAUUUUGCAUUAAAAAAAAGUGUUUGUGCACUUAUGUAUGCACGCAGGAAGUUAUACUCCUUUGGCGUAACAAAGCAAAAAUCCUUAAAAUUAUUUAUUCCUCCUGCUAUUCUACAUCUAUAGAAAGAGCAAUAUUGUAAAAAUGUUGCAAAGAUGGCUUUGACAAUUAAUUAUUAAAUAACGAAUACGGCUGUAUCGGCUUGAACCCUUUGCCUGUCAUAAUAAUCGACGAAUAAACGAUGAAAGCAAAAAACAAAUAACGAAUGACGCAAACGUUAGAAAAUCUUAGGAACCAACUUCAACCUGUUACUUUUGUGUUACAGUGAUGGGCGUGCAUCAGAAUUCCACUCUCAUAAUUUUUUCAUAACACGCCUAAAGAAGUAUAAGUUCAAAAGAAAAUCGUACAAAAUUUUAUUUUCAAACAACUAUGAUCCAUCGAUUGUUAAUAAUAAACUUAUAUUACUUAAUUGUGUCAGUAAUUAUAUUUGCGAAGAGACAUUAAUUUUUAUUGUGCCAACCUACCGAUAUACCGACAGGCCCCUAUAUUGGCUGUUACUAUCAUAACACUGUUACUGGUGCCUCGUAUUCGCAGUA